AUGGAAACUGAAGAACACGAAGAGGCCCACAACAGCAAUUGGGACACAAGAGCUGACAUGAUUCUACCCUUCAAACAAGAAUCCAUCAACUGCACCAUCCAACAACGUCGAUACAUUGAAAUCGACGCCAUUCCCAACUCAGAAACAUGCUACUUCCUCCCACUAGACUGGGUCGAACUCUACACCAGUGGCCUCGACCUCAAAGACGCCGCAGCACCUACUGCACGAUGGGCAUCACUAGUGGAAAUGGGAAGAAGUCACGGAAUGAAAAUCCACUCGGCAGGAAUAACACUACACUCACUCAUCCCACUACAAGACAUCCUCAAAAACGAACAAGGAACACCCAUUGAACAAACAACACCAAACCUCCAACCCUACUUAGAAAUAAUGAAAGACACUAACUACCAAUUCACAAAACUCACCUUUCCUGAAGCAACCACACUAAAAGAAUGGCUACAAAACCCAGUAAAAACAACUCUCUUCCCAGCAAACACUGCACCAAAUCCAGAAGCACUCAUCAACCUCAUGGGCUCCCUGGACACGAUGAAAGCCGGAGAAAGAAAAGCCUACACCAUCCACGGAAGAGACGACUGCUGGUUCACGAUGGGUACAACUGGACUACCUACAAGCAAAGCCCUCACCUACAUACCUCAGUGGGGAGGUAUCAGGAAAUGA